UUAUUAGAUUUAGUCAACCUCGGGGCCUAGACUUAAACCCUAGAGCUGUCCUGUGGUUCUCAAUCUCAUCAACGCGCCGUGUUGGAUCCGGCUGCGAACCACUGGGCGAGAAGCAUUGGAGAGGAUCUCGAGAGCCCAGGCAUGGCGCCAAAUCAUGGAUCCAUGGGGCUUCGUUCUCUAAUCUGCGCGCUGCUGUCCAUCUGCGCGGCCGCCAGCAUCCGGCCGAUCUCCGAUGCUCAUAGAUCUGCUGCUCUUGAUUUGUUCGUCCCCAGUGGUGGAUUGUUUCAGAGCCUAGAGGAGACUUAUGAAGCAUUAAGGACGUUUCAGAUUCUUGGAGUUGGAAAUUUUUCUGACAUUGGCCCUGCUACAUGCCCAGUUAUUAUAGACAACCUUACAUCACCAGCUUCAAGUCCUAAGGACUUGUUUGAUGCAAUAAGAGUGAACAGUAUCUUAGAAUGCCAGAUUGGUUCUCAGACUUUUAAGGAUGUUGCAGAAAAAUUUCAAGAUUUGAUAAAAAGCACAGACAAAUUGAUGAACUUCUAUUACUCCAUCCUUGGUUUGCUUCAUGUCAAGGCGCAAGGAGUUAGUGUUGUCCUACCUGAUGCUGAAGGGGUUUUCUAUUCAAUCAAGGCACUUAGCCAAAAUGAUGGAAGAUGGCAGUAUGAUAGCAACAAUGCUGAAUCAAGUACUUGUGCUGCUGGUAUAGCACUUGAGGCACUUGCUGGAGUUGUUUCGUUGGCUGAUAUAGAGUUGGUUCAAUCUAAGAUUGGAACUAUUAAACAUGAUAUUGUCAAGCUAUUUGAUAGCAUCAAGAGCUAUGAUGAUGGAACUUUAUAUUUUGAAGAAAAGCACAUCGAUGGUAGUGAAUACAAGGGUCCUCUUGCAACAACAGCCUCAGUUGUGCGUGGUGCUAGUGCUUUUGCAGCAAUUGUUUCUGAGAAGCUAAAUAUUCCUGGUGACAAACUGGUGGGUAUAGCGAAGUUUCUUCUUAGUGUUGGAGUUCCCGGUAGCACCAAAGACUUAUUCAAUCAGAUAGAUUCACUAUCACACAUUGAAAACAACAGGAUCUCUAUUCCUCUUAUUCUUUCACUUCCAUCCACAGUAUUGUCUUUGACUUCAAAAGAUCAGCUUAAGGUUGAGGUGACUACAGUUUUUGGUUCAGCUGCACCUCCACUGACAGUGAAUCUUGUACGAGCUUCCAGUUCUGAUGUGAAGAACAACCCUAUACUUGAAAACCAGGAAUUACAAUUUGACACAGAAAAGAACGUUCAUUACUUGGACAUCCUACCUCUGAAAAUUGACAUCGGAAAGUAUACACUUGAAUUUGAGAUUUCACUUCAUGACCCAGAGAAUUUGAAUACAUAUGCCACUGGAGGGCAUGCUCACUCAUUGAUUUUUCUAACAGGAUUGGUCAAAGUAGACAAGUCUCAAAUUGGAAUUUAUGAUACUGAUAGCGAGUCUUCUGCAAGCAUGUUAAAAUUGGAUUUCUUCAAGGAUGACAAAAUUUCACUAGUGGCAAAUCAUCUUCAGAAGUUGCGCCUAAGUUUCCAACUUUUCACGCCUCUUGGAAACACCAUUAAGCCACAUCAGGCGUUUUUAAAGCUGAGGCAUGAAAGCAAAGUAGAGCAUAUCUUUGCAUUGGAGAAUUCUUCCCGACAGUAUAAGAUAAUACUAGAUUUUCUUGCACUCGUCGAAAAAUUUUAUUACCUCUCAGGUAGAUAUGACAUUGAACUUGCCGUUGGAGAUGCAGCUAUGGAGAAUUCAUUCCUCUAUGUUCUCGGAUACAUUGAUUUAGACUUGCCAGAACCACCUGAGAGGGCAUCACGUCCUCCAUCACUCUCUGUCGACCCAUAUGCAAGAUUUGGGCCAAAGCAGGAGAUAUCACACAUAUUCCGGGCCCCGGAAACAAGACCACCAAAGGAGCUUUCUCUUGCAUUUCUGGCUUUUACCCUUGUACCACUUGGAGGGUUUGUGAUAGGGUUGCUAACUUUGGGAGUAAAUUUGAAGAGCUUCCCUUCCUCAUCUGUCCAUGCCUUGUUCUCCCUACUCUUUCAUGCUGGCAUUGCUGCUAUUCUACUGCUCUACGUCCUUUUCUGGUUGAAGUUGGAUCUCUUCACAACUCUGAAGGUCCUUGGCCUUAUUGGAGUUUUCCUCAUCUUUGUGGGUCAUAGGACUCUCUCCUGCCUUGCUUCAACAUCAGCGGGGAAGGUGAAGACUAAUUAAUGGUAACGCGAGUGCCGAGAGCUGCAUCAUUAGUUAAGAUGCCAUACAUGAUCAUGCACUUGAAAUUAUUUAGACAUCACCAUUGCUCUGGUAAACUGAAAAUAUGACAAUUUUAGCUUUUGGAUUACCAAGCAAUCCGCAGGCUGACUGUUUUUUUAGGAUGUGGCAGUAAAUUUUGUUUAAUUAUGGAAUUAUGAUUGCAUACGGAUCUGUGUUCCUUGAGUUUAAUUUCCUCGUCACUGAUUGUAUUUAUGUAUUUCGAAUAUUGUAUUAUCAUCCUCAAAUUAGUUUGCUGAAAUGCGUAGUUGGAUCUUAUA